AUGUCAGCGCUUGCGCGUUUGAAGAAGCAGCCCGCACCGGCUCCCUCCCCACCCAGCAGCGCAGGCCCUCCUCGCCCCGAGAAGGUCACCGCGCGCAACAGCGGGUCUGCAUCGUCGGCGUCGUCGAGCGCCAGCGCCAGUGCAAGCAAGGACAAGGGCAGGGGCAAGGCUCCGGUGUCUAGUGACUCUCGAGAUGCCUCAGGAUCUUCGACACCAACUCCAGAGCCUCGUCUGGGUGACGAUAUACCGUUGGAGAGACACGACCUGCUUCUGGCAAGCUUUGAGCGCUUCUUCUGCCGCGCUGUACAGUGCCCCCUGGUCAUCGACGACGUCGAGUGUGACGCCGAGCUGGCUUCCACUCGUCAGCUCGCCGGUAAACUCAAACGACGGCCAACGUUCAACGUCAUGUGGUCUGAUCGAAGUCCGAACGUUCCACGGGACAAGAAACUGCAACCAUUCAAAGACAUCGAGACCAUGAGGGCGGAGUUGAACGCCCUUCUUAUGCAAGAGUCCACCCGGUACUGCCCUGUUCAAAAUUGCAAAAACAGUGGACCUCACAAAAGGGUGGAGGCUCAUAUCACCAAGUCUCACAAGGCGGGAGUCUCGAUCGGCAUGCUGCGGCAACCCAGAUUACCGUUCAAGCCAGAGCUCCCAGAGCUUCCACCACUGCCGGCGACGGCCCCUUCGUACCUCCUGUCGUGCCCAGAGGCCCGGCCUAACCCUGGUGGAACCAACACACCCCACUGGACCAGAACUCCGAAGUACCCGGUCAACGAACAGUACCCAGACGAGUACAUUCUGGUCCCCGAUCCAUCGAUUCUGCGCCUGCAGCACCGCAAGCUGUUGUCGUCGGACAUCUUCCCUUCAAAAGGCGACUGGGACGACGACGACGACGACCUCGAGGUCCACUCCACGCCCGUAAAGAUGGGCUCUAUCGCCCCUCAGCGUACCCCGAGCCGACGCCUCCCAGCCGCGGCUCCAGUCCCUUCCGUCAGCAAAUACCGUUCGCUCCCGCCACUCCCAACGACAUCAGGCCGGCCCGUGCGCCUCGCAGCCAUGGAAGCGCGGGCUGUGCAGCCGAGGCCCGCGGUCUGGCGUAUCGGUCACAGUGACGAACUUCUUCCGGCUCCAUCGCUCAGCGCCAAGGGGAAGGCUCCGCUGCGGAUUGUCCCGGCCAGCCAGCGCCUCGAGGUGCGCCUCGUGCGACUUCCAGACGAUGUCAUUCCCGAGGCUCGAGCGGCAAAGGCUGCGGCGAAGGAGACUGCAAGGAUCGUGGCGGAAGGAGGCGAGCAGGCAGAAGCAGCGAUGGCUGCCGCCCAGCUCAACUCGGGCGCUCCCGACAUCACGGCCCCCGACCGCAAGGGCAAGCGCAAGAUGACGACUGGCGACAACAACCCUGCGUCGGCCAAGCAGGCUAGGCCUUCGAUCACGGCCGAGGACCUCGAGUUUGCAGCCGCCAAGUUUGCCUUUGACAAGACGGGCCGCCAGUUCGGUAUCGACUUUGCAAAGCACAAAGACGCAUUCAUACAGUUCCACUACUUGAUGGUGAGCACCAAGAUGAGCGACGACACGGUGCAGCUCGCCAACGCCGGCAUCCAGCCAAUCGCAUAG